AUGUUUGACCGACCAAAGGUGUGGCUAUUGGACAUCUUGCUACUCAAAGACCGGACAACAGGAUCACCCCUGCCCCAUAUCACAGUGCCCCCAUCCCUGCCCCACAUCACAGAGCCCCCACCCCUGCCCCACAUCACAGGGACCUCACCCCUGCCCCACAACACAGCGCCCCCACCCCACAACACAGCGCCCCCACCCCUGCCCCAGAUCACAGUGCUCCCACCCUUGCCCCACAACACAGCGCCCCCACCCCACAUCACAGUGCCCCCACCCCUGCCCCACAACACAGGGCCCCCACCCCUGCCCCACAACACAGUGCCCCCACCCCUGCCCCAGAUCACAGCACUCCCACCCCUGCCCCAUAUAACAGUGCCCCCACCCCUACUCCACAACACAGCACCCCUGCCCCACAUCACAGUGCCCCCACCCCUGCCCCCACAUCACAGGGACCCCACCCCUGCCCCACAACACAGCGCCCCCACCCCACAACACAGCGCCCCCACCCCUGCCCCAGAUCAUAGUGCUCCCACCCUUGCCCCACAACACAGCGCCCCCACCCCACAACACAGUGUCUCCACACCUGCCCCACAACACAGUGCCCCCACCCCUGCCCCACAACACAGUGCCUACACCCCUGCCCCACAUCACAGUGCCUACACCCCUCUCCACAUUACAGUGCCUACACCCCUGCCCCACAUCACAGUACCUACACCCCUGCCCCACAUCACAGCGCCUACACCCCUCCCCACAUCACAGGGCCUACACCCCGCCCCACAUCACAGCGCCUACACCCCUGCCCCACAUCACAGCGCCUACACCCCUGCCCAGUCCAAGCUUUUGCCCCCUGUGCUUUCCACUGUUCAUUGUGGUCUAAAUGCAUUCAAUAAGAACCCAGAGCUAGAGGAGCUGUGA